AUGAACUCCAAGCUAUAUACACUUUACGGAUUCGCGAUAUUCUUCAUGAUAUUCUGGUCGGUUAUGUGGGUAAUACACCUGCUGGCGUUAAUCGCCGGCCACUGGAAGCUGCACCGGAAGACGAACCAGGCGCCGAGCUACGAGACACCGUUGCCGGGGGUGUCGGUGAUCAAGCCCCUCAUGGGGGUCGACCCGAACCUCUUCGGCAACCUCGAGACCUUCUUCACCAUGGAGUACCCGCGGUACGAGCUCCUGUUCUGCGUCGAGGACGAGUCCGAUCCCGCGCUGAUGCUGGUGCGCAAGCUCGUCGAGAAGUACCCGGAGGUCGAGGCGACGCUCUUCAUCGGCGGCUCCAAGGUGGGGGUGAAUCCGAAGAUCAACAACAUGCAGCCGGCGUACGAGGCCGCCAAGUACGAGCUGGUGCUCAUCAGCGACAGCGGCAUACGCAUGAAGGAGGACACGCUGCUGGACAUGGUCCAGCAUAUGACCGACCGGGUCGCUCUGGUCCACCAGAUGCCGUUCACCUACGACCGCGAGGGCUUCGCCGCCGCGUACGAGAAGAUCUUCUUCGGCACGGUGCUCUCGCGGAUGUACCUCUCCGCGGACAUGCUCAGGGUCAACUGCCACACCGGCAUGUCCGCACUCCUGAGGAAGUCCACGCUGGACGAGGUCGGCGGCCUGCGGGCGUUCGGCAUCUACCUCGCCGAGGACUUCUUCUACGCCAAGUCCUUCACCGACCGCGGCUGGCGCAUCACCAUCUCCUCGCAGCCGGCGCUGCAGAACAGCGGCCACUGCGCGGUCGACUCCUUCCAGGCGCGGCUGCGACGCUGGGCGAAGCUCAGGGUGGCGAUGCUCCCACCCACCAUCGUCCUCGAGCCGCUCAGCGAGUGCCUCGUCCUCGGCGGCUUCGCCUCCUGGGCGGCCAGCGUGCUCUUCGAGUGGGACUCCCUAGUUUUCUAUCUAGUACACAUACUCUUGUGGUUCAUGUUCGACUGGACGCUACUGUGCCUAGUGCAAAACGGCCCGCUGCCUUUCAACAAACUCGAGUUCGUAUGCGGCUGGUUACUCAGCGAGAUCACGAGACCGUAUCUCUUUCUUCAGGCUGUCCUCGAUCCCCUCAUACAGUGGCGCUCGCGUGUUUAUAAGCUCAAAUGGGGCGGCGUCGCCGAGGAAGUCAAGGCAAAAGUCAAAUAUUGAGGAUUGCGCGUGUGUGUGCGCGCACGUGUACGCGUUCCCGCGUACCUGCGUACGUGUCAAACUAGACUGAGAGAAAUAGAGACAGCGUUUCCGUCUUUUUUUUUUUAUCGAUAAGUACGCGUAGGUACGCAAGGUGUUCUAAUCAUCGCAUUUUUCUUUUCGUCCGAGUCUCUCCUCUCUCUCUCUCUUUCUCCCCUUUUUUUAUUUGAUCUCUUGGUGAUUGCGAGUCUUUCAACUUGUAAUUGAAUCAAAGAAAAAGAUACAUUUUGGCGCGGGAUUAUACUGGGAGUAUAAAUUGUUGUUUCACAAAGAAAAUGUAGAAUUUUUACUUUCCACUGAAUUAUAUCAAAAUGUUGAUAUUGAAUAACAAUCAAAUUACCAACGAGUAUUGUUUUUUUUUGUUUUCACUGGACAUCGGUUCUCUGGCGAAGGUUGUGGCACCGAGCUUUAAAAUUCGACAAAACUUUCACGACGUCGGGAUCGGUUUAACACUCGGCGGGGAAUACAACGGAGCCUCCCCUAGUCUAAACUGAAUCCUCCCUUUCUAUUGUGGAACAACCGUCCUGCCGUAAAUUGCAAUUCUUUUGCCGUAACACGCAAUGGCACUCUUAUUUUGCGCACACCGUUAGAAUGAGAGGGAGACCGAGGGGAAAUUCCAGAAUGGAAGGAUCUUGCUGUUUUGCGGAAUUGUAUGAAGCUUGGAACACCUCGUUUGGGAUAUACGGAGAGAAUUGUCUCUUAAAGUUUACCCCGAAGGUCGCGGGACAACGUGGCAUUUCGAAGACUUUUAUGAGAGUGUUUGGAAAUUUUAUCGUA